GUCCUAGUCUUCCGCUCGAUKAUGGCUUCGAAUUUAUUUUCAAUUUGAGUUUCAGCAUUUUGUAUUCUACAGUACGUUCAAUUCAUUAAUGAUCUUGRUAGAUUUCGGCAACAAAAAUGUGGCGAAUCAUAGAUAGAAUACUAUUUUAUCUAGUGCUUGGGCUACUGGCGCUGAUUCAGCCGUCUUUCUCCGAUCAUGAGCAGCCGAAAACUCUCAGUGUUCCUAAAUCUUUCCUAUUUGUAUCUACUUUGGAUGGAACACUGUAUGCUGUACAUAAGAAUACAGGGGAAAUACGCUGGUCCAUGAAGGAAGAGCCUGUUUUGACCACACCAAUCUUUUUAAGACCUGGAGCAAUAUUCAUUCCUGACCCUAAAGAUGGAAGUCUGUAUGCUUUUGCUAGUGCUUUAGAUGGACUCAAGAAACUGCCAUUUACAAUUCCCGAAUUAGUUCGUGCUUCACCUUGUCGCAGUACAGAUGGUAUUCUAUAUACAGGCCGUAAAACAGAUGUGUGGCAUGCUAUUGAUCCUGACACUGGUAUCAAGCAACAAACCCUCAGGCUUGAUGGCACCGAGACUGUAUGCCCAAUAAUGCCCAACAAAGCUGCCCCUAUAUUCUUUGGUCGCACAGAGUAUAAAAUUACAAUGUAUGACAGUAAAACAAGGGAGAAAAGGUGGAAUGGCACCUUUAAUGAUUACUCCACUAAUCUUGCRCAGGAUGUGGAAUAUGAGUUCCAUCAUAUGUGUUCAUCUUCUGAUGGUUUUACAGUUACAAUGGCUGGGUCUACAGGUGAAAUCCAGUGGACAAGAAACUUUGGUUCGCCUGUUGUUGGUAUCUACAAGUUUGAUGGCGAUGGUCUUCAUCGUGUCAAAGUGAACCACAUUGCCAAGGAGACUCUKAACGUCCUGAUUGCAAACAAUGCAUCAUCAGAAAAGAUGGUCUUACAGCCAACUCUUUAUAUCGGAGAACAUCCUGGAGGACUGUAUGCUCUUCCAUCACUUGUAGAAGAGGGCUCAACUCUUGUUGAGGCCAAAGUKAUGCUUCUCGAUGGACCAACUGGACAAAUUCCUGUCCCUAAACCCAGCAAAACAACACAGCCAGGACCAUCCUCUAAAGAUACCAAAGAUGUUCCMAAACCACGCCGUCCACUACAACAACCCAAAGUACUAGAACCCAARGCAGCCUUACUCCUUGGCCAUCACCACGUUCCAGUUGUAGCAUCACCACAGCUACACAUGACUCAUAUUCCUGAUAAAUUAAUGCCGAUCUAUAUGAACUCUCAUGAACAUCAAGCUGCAACCAUCAAUAAAAGAAUCGACAAUACCAGAGCCAAGGAAGACGAGAGAAAACGCCAACAAGAAAUGUUUGAAAUGCUCAAAAUUCACCAGAAGCUUCUAUAUACRAUUAUUGCCACCAUUGGGAUCCCUGUGGUAUUGCUAGUUGUGUUUUACAUUGAGAGGUCUACAAGACAUCCAGCUGUUGUGUCAUCUCAAACUGCAUCCCAAGGUUCAGUACAUUCUUCAACAAUGUCUAAUGGGAGCGUUCACCAUACUGAUCCUGGAGCUAACCUUAAUCAUAAUAGUACUAUUUGUGUUGGGAAAAUAACGUUCUGUCUCAAAGACGUUCUUGGUCGUGGAUGCGAAGGAACUGUUGUAUAUAGGGGAUCAUUUGAUGGUCGUGAUGUGGCAGUGAAGAGGAUUUUGCCAGAAUGCUUCAGUUUUGCCGAUAGAGAGGUGGCAUUGCUACGAGAAUCAGAUGCUCAUCCUCAUGUCAUUAGGUAYUUCUGUAUGGAGGAAGACCAUCAGUUUCGAUACAUUGCUCUUGAGCUGUGCGAAGCCACCUUACAAGAUUUCGUUGAAGACCCAAGGUUUGAUCGACAUGGUCUGACUCAUAUUGAAGUGCUAGAACAAGCAACGGCAGGUUUAGACCAUCUACACUCUCUGAAUAUCGUCCAUCGUGACGUCAAGCCUCAUAAUGUCCUGAUAUCAAAGGCUAAUGCCARUGGUAGAAUCAAAGCAAUGAUAUCAGACUUUGGUCUUUGUAAGAAACUAUCGUAYGGUCGUAAUUCCAUCACUUGUCAAUCAGGAGCCAUUGGAACUGAUGGCUGGAUUGCACCUGAAAUGUUCAAAGAUGAGCACAAGAUGAAUCGUUCGGUUGAUAUUUUCUCGUGUGGCUGUGUUUUUUAUUACGUUCUGUCUGGUGGUAUUCACCCGUUUGGGGAUCAGUACAGAAGACAAGCGAACAUCAUUGCCGGAGAUUAUAAUAUAGACAGACUACCCAAUGCAGAAAAUCAAUUUGUUGCGCGAGAGCUUAUAAAAAGUAUGCUGAAUCAGAAUUCAACAGAAAGGCCAAAUACUCAAGCAUUACUUAAACAUCCCAUAUUUUGGAGUAAAGAAAGGCAAUUAGCGUUUUACCAAGAUGUCAGCGAUAGAAUAGAGAAAGAGCCAGACGACUCACCAGUUUUAGAUGCUCUUCAGCGAGAUUCCAUACCAGUUGUACGAGGAGAUUGGAAGGUUCAUAUAGGAGCAGAAUUACAAGAUGAUUUGCGUAAAUUUAGAACAUAUAAGGGAACRCAUGUAAGAGAUCUGCUAAGAGCCAUGCGAAAUAAGAAACAUCAUUACCGAGAGCUUCCCGAGUACGUCCAACGGUCUCUCGGCUCACUCCCGGACGGGUACGUUGAUUACUUCAACAGUCGGUUCCCGAAGCUGCUUAUGCACACGUACACCAUCAUGACAAUGUGUCGCGAAGAGACAUUAUUCAAGUCCUACUACCCAAACCCGGACACGUGACCAAAUGGCUGGUUGCCAUAGUGAUAAGGUGAUGUCAUAAGCUUACCGAUUCGCGCCGGUCACGGCUGCCAUUCGUAACCAGUCCUCCUCAAGAGAGAUAGGGAGAACUACCGAAUUGUUCACGCCACAAGAAGGAAAUUGAGAAUUUAGAAUCUGGUUAUGUAUAUAGAUGUAAAUAGGGAACCAGGUUUUUUUUUUGAGUAUUACAUAGAGAGCAUGGAAUAGCUUUGACUAAAUGGACAAUCAACUCUCCUUCUCGUGGACCCCUAUUAUGGACCGUCCAUUAUAGCUGACUUGAAGCGAUAAAUCUCCGACCAACAAACAGUAAAACGCAAAUAAAUAUUCAAAUUAUUGAAAAUAGUUACUGUUAUUACGRACUACGGCUUAUACGGACACUUAAUUGCGGUCCCAAAGGUGUCCACGAUAGCUAGGUUUGACUGAGUACUCGACCGUCGGCUUUCUYUUUUGCGUAUGACUACAAGCUAUGUUGUUUUGGCUAUUUGAACGUUCCCAAACACGUACCGUUCGAGUGAGUAUGUGCUGUAUCCGAUUGUACCACUGCUGUCGUCUUUAUUAAUUUGUAGUAGUUUAUUAUUGCCAUAUUUCUUAGCUUUUCUUUUAAGCUUUCCUGUAUUUUUGUUACUAUUAUUUAUUUCAUGCUGUACUUUUUGUGUUAUUUAUUCGCUUGAGUUCAGUGUGCGUUUGAUUUUAGUUUGGAAGUUUGUUUGUGUUUGCAUAAUGUUCGCGUGUUUAUUUUAUUUUAUUUAUUUUUUGCUAUAUACCGAUUUUACAAGCGACAUCUAUGUUAUCGGAAAAUGCAUACUUGAUCCAAGGACCUUUCGGGAACAAAGUGAAAAGGGGCUGGAAACGACGUUACGAAGAGCGAUUGGAAUUGUGGGUAUUUAACAAGUAGCAAACGACACUUGGACAUAAAGUUUUCUGAACUUUUCUCAUCUUAAGAGCGUUCUACUAGAGCGGAUUUCGUAUGACUGUGCAAAAAAGCACGGUACGUUCGUGCUGUGUCCGUACCGUGUCUGUGUUGUGAUCCGUGCUUUUGCACAGUCAUGCGAAAUCCGCUCUAUUAGGCAUGUUUUACCAAUUUGGUGAGCGUCCACAAUUCCUUUCGAUCCCAUAACGAUCAUUUUCACUCAUUUCUAUUUUCACUAUGACGUCAUAAACUGCAAAAACCAGAAUGCUUUGCCUUCUUUCUUGUAAAAACGUUAUGUUAUUUUGCCAAAAUUUAUAUAGUGUACAUGUAGUAAUUGAGUUUUGCUAUCUCUUUCACAGUGUGUUAGCCCGAUUGUGUAAAAUGUACAGAAAUUUGGAUAAAACUCGUGAGAUUUCAAAAUAUUCAUUGACUUCUAUACUUAACAGAUCUCUCGCAUUUGCGCGGCUCUAAGUUACAGAAUGAAAGAUUAUUAUAUUACAUGGUUUUGAGGCUAAAACAGUGUAAAAGAGAUCGAUAAAAGGGUUUUAGAUAAACCAAAUGUAUAUGAAUCUAAAUGCAAUGUGCUUAAAAGUUAAUGACAACAGUACAAUACAAUAGAGCGUGGAACAAUGAAAUUCAACCCUAAAAAAUCAUAUUUUUAAUAAAAAUGAAAACAAUGAAGAUUUGAAACAAAAGAGAUCAUAUUUAUGCAUUUUAGCAUAUUAUAGUGUAAGGUAUAUUUAUAAAGCAAUUUCGCUUUUAAAGCGAAUACUAUAUAUUGGAGGUUUUCUGUAGUCGCGCAAGAGCAUCAUUCCUGUAGAUUAAAAGUAUUCGUUUUCCUCGAAAACUUGUAUUCUUUCUAAGUUCUUCCAUUAUCUARAAAAUGGCGGCUGUCACGUGACCUCUCCAAAAGAACUCAUACAUAAUUUUUAUGAAAUCUUAAAUAUCUCCAUACAAUUUACAACCAAAGGGCAAAUUCUUUGUAGGAAUAGAAUAAUAAUGUUAUAAUGAUAUUAAAUAAAUGCUAAUAGUUUUAAACGGU